AAUCAUGUAGCCAGUAACAUUAUCUCCAAAGACACCACGAAGAAAUGGAAAUGCAAAACUGCCGGCGAACAAAGUGCUUCAGUGGUGCUCCAGCUGGACCAGCCCUACAUAAUCAAUGGCAUUGAUAUAGGCAAUGAAAACUCUGGAUAUGUGGAAGUUUUGGUGUCUAGGGCCAGUACACCAGAAGACUUUAAAGUGCUGCUGGUCAUGUCCUCGUUUAUGAGUCCUUUGGAUGCCCGACAGACUCAAAAUGUUAAUAAGGUGAGAAUGUUCAAGAACCAGGACUUGUGUGAGCCGGAGCGAAGCGAAAAAUGGGACCGAGUUAAAAUAGUUUGCACUCAACCAUUUAACCGGCAUGUGCAGUAUGGAUUGUCUUUUAUCAAUCUGUAUUCCCCUGAUGGAGCCGCAGCUAUUCGGGAAGCCACAUCGCUAGCUCAAAACGGUUCGCCAGUACCGAAAGAAAAACUUAGCCACAAGUUACAAAUUACACCAAAUCCACAGUCAAAUAAAGCUCGACAUUUAACAGAUGAUGCUGGCGAAGAGACUGGCACUCCAAAGAAGGGGAAGGAGAGAAACCGAAAUGAGCUUCUCUACAGUAAAGAUGAGGAAGACAAGCAUGAAAAAAUCGACAAAUUGAUUGAGAAACGGGACAAAGAACGAGCGGAAUCUAAGAAGCGCGAAAAGGAAAUGGCGGAGAAAACGAAAAACACACCGGCAAAGCCAAAAGAAACGAAGAAUAAUGAUAAAAAGAAACCACACACACCUCGUAAAGAUGUGAGUACAGAGAAGCAGGCGAAAGUGAAUGAAAAACGACCAGAGAGUGAAAAAAGAGAUUCUUUGAAAAGGAAACAUGACAGUCCACCUGCCCAUAAACUGAAAAAACUGAAACAGCAACCAGUUGGAAAACCGUUCGAGAAACUACUAAAUAUUUUUCACCUACAUGGCGCUCAUUUUAAGGGAAAGUUUCGGUUUCAGUUGUGCCUUUGCCAACACUCCAAAAUUUAACCAAGUCAGAGGCAUAGGCAAGAUAGUGAAAAAGAAAUGGUUGGAUGACUGUUACAACGAAAGAAAAAAGCUACCGUGGAGACGCUAUGCUCUUGAUAAAGCCGAUAAAGGGCCAGAAAGUGAAGAAGAAAUAUGCGAAAAGCAGGACACUUCGAGUUCAGAAGCCGAACAGCCGGAUGCAAUCCACGUUGUUUUACGUAGAUGAGGCCUUGGAAGACAGCUUGGCUAAAAAGAUCAAGCAGCAUGUAGCCGCCUAUAACGGGAUUCUGAUUGAAGAUCUGGUGUCUUCGAUAGACAUCAUAGUCACCAACAAGGAAAACUGCAAAGUCCUAAAGGAUAUUUUACCUUCAGCGACUUGCGUCGCUCCAGAUUGGAUUUGGGAGUGCCACAACCGCCAAAUGCUGGUUCCAAUGAAAGACUUUAUCUUCCAAUAGAAAUGUUUUUUUAACUGGAACUAAUGUUUCAAAUAAAAUGCAAGUCCACUAAGCA